AUGUUCGGUUCUGUGCGCCUGGCUUGGGCAGUGCUGCUUGUUAGCUCGGCGUCUGCUCAGCUUGCCAGCGAGCUCACAAAGGAGCAGCUGAAGCCGCUGACAGUUUUCCGACAGCAGCAUCGGCGUCUGGUGGAUGGCCGCCUGUGCGCGGCUGCUUUUGUGCAGGACAAACGUGUCUACACUGGGUGCACAGACGCCCCGAGCCCCGACGGAGGAAGCGGGAGAGAGUGGUGUUAUGUCGAAGCCCAGCUUGUGUCGUCUGGCGAGAGUGAGUCUUGGGGCUAUUGCGGCCAGUGUUGUGGAUUAUGA